GCUGUACACGUUACUCCUUGUUACUUUCGUACAAGGUACACAUCGAUAAUAUAUAUACAUAUAUAUUUGUUUAUACUGGGAAUCAUGUACACUCCCACACGGGAUGAUUUAGUGAGCGUGAUCAAACUUCUUCACAACAAUGGGGUGGAAGUUUCCAACUCGAAAGCAGCGUACGCAGAGCUCAAACAAUACGAAACAAACCCGUCUUUUUGUGUCUUGCUGUCUGUUGUUUUUGGCGCAGAUGUAAAUCCGGUUGCCGACUUGGCGCUGCCUGUGGAUUGGGGACAGUAUCGCCAGCUCGCAGGAAUUACAUUGAAAAACAAUUUGGCUGCUGCCCGCCAUGCGCUGGGAGAAGACGCUGUCAAAGAAGCAGCACGCCACGGGCUACAAACACUGAAAAAUCCACCAGACGCUAGGCUUUCUCGCACAGCCGCGCAGAUUGUGGUUAAAGUGAUUGCUCUGACCUCCUUCGAAUGGUGGACGAGCAGCGGGCUUGGCGACCUGCCCAGCAUACUACUGAAUGAGCUGCUUCCUGCAGACGACCUGAAAACGCUUUCGGCUCUUUAUUGCCUCCAAUACCUGAUGGAAGAUCUACCCAAGAAAAUAGGCGCAUCCAGUGAGCAUAUUAUCGUGAAGGUUUCGCAGCUGGUCCUUGCUUCCAACACCCCGCUGGCGACCCGCAAAGCUGGCUUUCGCAUGUGCUUCAAUAUUUACGAACAGGCAUCCUUGCUUGACUGGAACGUGGACACUUUCUCUCCGCUGCAGGAAGGACUCUCAAAGGCUAGCUACUUUUUCGCCAACGUAUGCACCUCGUUGCUGGAGAGUUCAUGCGGAGGUGAUUCAGCGUUUAUGAUCCUUGUCUUGCGUUCGUGUGUGUUUUUACUGGACUACUUCGACUACUUUUCCCAAAUCACUCCACAAGACAACCAGCGUUACGUCACCUUUUGGAUCAACAACUCCGUGCAAAUUAUUUGCAACAGUCAGAACGGAGGCGAUGGGAACCACGAACUGAUUGCCGCUGCAAUUGAUGUAAUUUCCACAGUAGUCGAUUUGUAUGAUCGCAACGGCGGAGAAACGGUUCUCCGCUUUUUGGUCGCCGACAUUCCUUCCUUGAUACCAACGCUGGUGCCGGCGCUUGUCCAGCAUUCACUCUUGUCAAGUGAGGAAAUCACAAACAUUAUGGACUCGGACGACUACCGUAUUCGCGACACCACCGCAGUCAGUUUUACCGUAAAAGGCGGAACGAAAGAUAUCUCACAAGAUGACAUGCUGGAUGAUGAUGCUGCGGCCAUGACUCUUCGCAGCUCUGCAUUGAAGUGCGUUGACGUGCUCAGCUCGUUUUCGAGCGACGCAACUUUCAAGAGUUUAAUCGCGCGAAUUCAAGCGCUGUGGAACAGCAACGACUGGCGCGCACGGGAGGCCGGUAUCGUCCUCAUUGGAACUAUCGCAAACGGGUGCGCCUUUGAGCUUCGAGGUGUUCUCCAGUCGUUAGUGUCACAAUUGAUUGAGUUUAUUAAGAAUCCAUCGGAGCACGUUUGUGUUGUCAGUAUCGCGGAGUGGUCACUCUCACGUCUGAGCGACGGCAUAGUCGCGUCGUUUCCGGACGCGAUGAAUACAGUUAUCCCUCUUCUCAGCUCCAGAUUGCAGAGCACGAGCAAGCGUGUUCAAAUCACAACUGUCAGCGCCUUGAACACUAUUCACUCCGCGUUGGGAAAUUAUGGACAAUUAGAGCUGCUAAGGCCGCAUUUGUCGGGAUUGUUAGAGUCGAUAUGCAGCUGCCUCCCUGUGUACUCGACAAACAACCUGGCCGUGCUGGUAGAUCUCUUGGGCAAGCUCAUCCUUUUCCUCGACGAUGCUGCAGCCGCGGAACGGCUCUCGGGAGUGCUUCAGGCAGAAAGACAAAACCGUGCAGCACAAUUUGAGAAGUCGUACAUCGCCUUAUAUGUCAGCGGAGAACCGAACGUUCUCUUGAACAAGGACAUUUUCUCUCUCGACCGCGCCACAAUUGCCUUCUUAGCUGCACAUCCGAAUAACGAGCUGGCUACGUUGAAUCUGACGACCUGGAAUGGGGUACUAGGAGAUAUUAUGAGCCGAAAUGUGACAGACGACGCCGACCUCAUCUUCAAUACUCUGUUAAUUUGCGGUGCGUAUAUCACGUCAGUGUCGACGUCAGCUCUUGCACAGUGGGUGAAAACGACUUCGUGGGCCCUUCCCACGACUGCGAUGCAUUUCCUAAACGGCACUGAGGUUUACGAGAUCAAAGCAGCGGCCGUUACGCUUCUCAGCGCUUUAAUCCAAGUGCUUGGCCCAGAUGCGUUGCCUCCCGGUGCGCACGAUACUCUUCUCAACAAGGCUGCUCAGGAGCUAGGAGAGGCCGAGGAUCCGCAGUGGAAAGAAAUCAGUGUCCGAUUGAUUACGCUCAUCACAUCCAAGUAUCCUGGAGAGCUUUCGACUGCGGCGCGAGGUGCGUUGGGAGCUGCAAAUGGCGCAUUGAGGAGCGACGUGUUUGGCGAGUCGGCGCAUUACUUUGGGCGGAUGGCGUUCGACUUGUGCUACGUGUUGGAUACGUUGCCGGGUUUUGUCGCGUACCUCCGAAUCGACACUAUCGCGCAGUUGAUGGCGGCAACGGAAAAUUCUCAGGAAAAGUCCGACGCCACGAUUCACCUCUUCCGCGCACUCGUGCAGACUCCUCCGGAGGUGUUCCGCAACUAUUUGCCCGCAGUGAUCAAGGUCGUGUACAGCUGGCAGCAGGCUGCCUCCAAUUAUCCUGAAACGCGGGAGACAAUUCAGCUGUUUUUCCGUCGGGCGAACGAGGUGUGUCCGGAUCUUCUCCAGUCGAUUCUCCAGAGCCUUCCAGGAACUUUUGGCAAUAUGAUUGUAUCGUUUUACCAAUAA